AUGUUGAACAAGCGUUUUGACGCUCUUAAAAAAUGUUGGCAUAUACUGAAAUACCUAACGUUUUUUGUCAAAGAGAAGAAAAUGAGUGAGGUGAUAUAUACUUGUAUCAUAUCGUAUAAUAUGAUUCUUGAAGAUGAAAGAAAUAUAAUAUGUAAGUAUCACGAAAACGAGAUCGUUCCACCGACACAAGCAUUUGAGGUUAGCGACAUGUACAUGGCAAGAAGAGGAAUAGUUCAUAAUGUUGAGAUCCAUCAUGAUCUUCGUAGAGACUUGAAGGAACAUGUUUGGACCGUUGAUCACAUCGAUUUUAACGCGGAACCGGUCGAUGAUUUAGAAGAUCAAUUUUCCGAUGAAGAUGUCCAUUAG